AUGAAACUCCAUAUCAAAGAACAAUUGAGGAAGAUUUCCUAUUUGGAAACUACCGACAUGAAACCACCAUCUCAACCGAUAAAAACAAAAGGUGCUCAGAAUAAAAUGAAGCCUACACUGAAAGAAAAUUCGACUACACGACCCCCUUCAUAUUUUGAACAUGUUUACAAAGUUUUUUCCGACUCACCAACUCUAAAAUCUCAAAGAAGUGUUGUCAAAGGAGAUCGCAUUAACAAACCACCUCUUACGCCGCCUCCACCAAAAAUUAUAUUCAUCGACGAGAUGCUCGUUUUUAUGCACAAAUACAUCGAACGAAUUGUCAAUGUUGCGGGGGACGGUAAUUGUGGUUAUCGAGCAGUUUCGUCUUUACUCGGUAAAGGAGAAGAUAAUCAUACACUUGUCCGCCAUCAACUUAUUCAAGAGUUGAGGACGCAUAAAGAAUCAUACACACGAUUCUACGGAAAGAGAGAAAAAUUUGAUGAAGUUUAUGAGUCUCUUGUUCCUUGCCUUAGCGGUCCGACACUGGAGGCAAAAUGGAUGCGCUUCCCUGACACGGAUCACCUAAUAGCAUGUGUGUAUGAUAGUGUGUGUGUUGAUCUGACACAAUACAGUUUUUCAGAAACCUUUUUCCCACUGCGCACCGCCCCACCUCAAAAUCCAAAUGAUCGUAUUUAUAUGUAUUGGGUGAUUUUCAAAAUCAAGAUAUUUUGUUCAGGUUUACUUGAAACUGGGAUGCCUUAUACCACUUACAUCACAUGA